CUGAAAAAUUUCAGUGCUGAACGAGAUGCUGAUCAGAAGUUGAAGUCAUGUUGUGCAAAGCAGAGAUCAGCCGACAAGGAAUGUAAGAAGAGAUUUUGCGGAUUCAAGUCGAUGAAUCAGAACAACGUACUCGUCUUUUUGAACAUGUGCUCCCCAAGAGGAGACACAGUGAAGCUUAUGUGGGACUGUGCUUCAUCCAAACAUGAUCAUCAAGAAUGUUGUAAGAAAAAGAAAGUUCUUCCGGCAUGUAUGAAGUACUGUGAAAGCAACCAUUCAGUACCACCAGACUAUCUGAACCAUCUCAUAUGUCUACAGAACUUCAACGUCAUUCGUGAUUGCUUCCAAGAACAUCUCGAUAAGAACCCGAAUAUUUUCGGGGACUUUUAA